AAGCGGCGGGCUCUGGGAAGUAAUCCCUAGCGGGCAGCGGGGCUGCCACCCUCCGUCUGACCCAGCCCGAGCCUGUCCUGCCAGGCGGCUCGGCAUGUCCCAUCGGCGCCCUGUCCUACCAGGGCCAAUCUCCCCCGAGAGAAGGGGCCUGGACACUGGGCGUUCAUAAGAAUGGAAGCACUGUUUCCUUGCCAGAGUCCUGAUUGCUGUAUCUUACAAAGCUACAUAAUCUUGAGGGAGAGCCUGUGACUGAACGAUGACAAACCUGUCACCAGCCUGGCAACAGCAGUCUAUGGGCAAAAACGAAUCACAAUAAAGAAGCAUUUCUAUUUCUGUUAAGAAGUCAUUUCAGUCAACCACGCCGGCUGCAUUAUUUUUCCAAGAUGAACCGAUACACAACCAUGAGACAGUUGGGAGAUGGUACCUAUGGGAGCGUGCUGAUGGGCAAGAGUAACGAAUCGGGCGAGCUGGUGGCCAUCAAAAGAAUGAAGAGAAAGUUCUAUUCUUGGGAUGAAUGUAUGAACUUGAGAGAAGUUAAGUCUCUGAAGAAACUUAAUCAUGCCAAUGUGAUUAAACUGAAAGAAGUUAUCCGAGAAAAUGACCAUCUUUAUUUUAUAUUUGAAUAUAUGAAAGAAAACCUCUAUCAAUUAAUGAAAGACAGAAACAAGUUGUUCCCUGAGUCUGUCAUCAGAAAUAUUAUGUAUCAAAUAUUGCAAGGGCUGGCAUUUAUCCAUAAACAUGGUUUUUUCCACAGGGAUAUGAAACCAGAAAACUUGCUCUGCAUGGGCCCAGAACUUGUGAAAAUUGCUGAUUUUGGACUUGCACGAGAAUUAAGGUCACAGCCACCAUAUACCGAUUAUGUAUCCACCAGAUGGUAUCGUGCUCCUGAAGUUUUAUUAAGAUCUUCAGUUUACAGCUCUCCCAUCGAUGUGUGGGCUGUUGGGAGUAUAAUGGCUGAACUGUAUACGCUAAGACCACUUUUCCCAGGGACCAGCGAGGUCGAUGAAAUCUUUAAGAUUUGCCAAGUUUUAGGGACGCCCAAAAAAAGCGACUGGCCAGAAGGGUACCAGCUGGCAUCCUCUAUGAAUUUCCGCUUUCCCCAGUGUGCGCCCAUAAACUUAAAAACUCUUAUUCCCAAUGCCAGUAACGAAGCUAUUCAGCUUAUGACUGAAAUGUUGAGUUGGGAUCCAAAGAAACGACCAACAGCCAGCCAGGCACUGAAACACCCAUAUUUUCAAGUUGGUCAAGUCUUAGGCCCCUCCUCGCAUCAUCUGGAAUCGAAACAGCCUUUAAAUAAGCAGGUGCAACCACUAGAAUCAAAGCCAUCUGUAGGUGACCUCGAACCUAAGCUUCUGCCAGACAUAAAUGAUCAGACGGCCGGACAGCCCCAGCCGAGAAACAGCCACCAGCCACUGCAGUCCAUCCAGCCGCCGCAGGACACGAGUGGCCAGCAAGCCCCAAGGCAGCAGAGUCAACAGAAACAGCCCCAAACGCUAUUUCCACGUAUCGUCAAAAACAUGCCAAUCAAGCCCAACGGCACUCUGGGCCACAAAGGCGCCAGGAGGCGCUGGGGUCAGACUGUGUUCAAGGCUGGAGACAGCGGGGAAGAGUCUGAGGACUAUGAUUUCGGAGCCUCCCAUUCCAAGAAGCCAAGCAUGGGUGUUUUCAAAGAAACGAGGAGAAAAGACUCGCCAUUUCGGCUCCCAGAGCCGGUACCCACAGGCUCCAACCACUCAUCGGGGGAGAACAAGAGCUUACCUGCUGCCGGUUCCCUAAAAUCUGACUCUGAAUUGUCGACUGCUUCAGCAGCUAAACAGUACUAUUUGAAACAAUCAAGAUACCUUCCAGGUGUAAAUCCCAAGAACGUAUCCUUGGUAACCAGAGGGAAGGACAUAAACCCCUAUUCCUGGAAUAACCAGUUAUUUCCGAAGUCACUGGGACCCAUUGGGGCAGAACUUGCUUUCAAAAGGAAUAAUGCAGGAACUCUUGGAAGUUAUGCUACUUACAAUCAGUCGGGAUAUAUUCCUUCCUUUCUCAAAAAAGAAGUGGGGUCGGCUGGCCAGAGGAUACCCUUGGUCCCUCUUGGUGCAACAGCUUCAGAGUAUUCCUGGAACACAAAAAUGGGUCGGGGGCAGUUUUCAGGACCUACUUAUAAUCCUACAGCCAAGAAUCUAAACAUGGUGAACCGCGCACAGCCAGUCCCCUCCGUGCACGGGAGGACAGACUGGGUGGCCAAGUACGGAGGCCACCGGUAGGCGUCCAGAGCGUCUCUGCAGGUCCCCGGGUCCUGGGAAAUGUCUACAGAUAUCUAUUUCUGCUGAGUUCUGGAAGAAAUACGUAACAGUGGGCAAUCUGAAGAGCAAACAUCACCUCCUGUUUCUUUCCAAGAAAUGAAAUGCAUUUUCCUAGCAUCAUUGCCCACUGCUGAUAUAUGGAUAGGACUUUACAAAGUAUUGAAUAAACUAUUUGCCAAAACACCAAGUAUUUUAUCUACAAAUGACUAGACACUAAGUAUGAUAAGCGUUUUAAAAAAUGCCUCCGGAUAUAAGUGUUUAGUGUUUUAGCUUUCCCUUGCCAUGUAUUUGCCUAAACUAUUUACUGUUUCAUCAUUUGACCUCCGAGGUUUGUUUUGGCUCCCCCCCCCCCGGCGAUUAGCAGAUGCCUGUGGACUGUCUGUCAUUUUUCUUAUUUGGCCAAGACUCUACCAUGUUGGCAAUGGCAGAAAGACGGUAAUUUAUUACUUAUUUUUCUACUUUAAAUUUAUGAAAGCAGUGGUAAUUCUAAACUUGAGCAGAAUGUUCUUAGAAAUAAUUUUUUCUUUAACAUGAAAGAUUUCAAAAUUACGCCACCUGGAUUUGGUGGAGAAGGCGUCUAUUGGCUGAUUUUGACCACUACAACUGCUGUGAGUUCACAAAGACUAUCACACCCAAUUGUUCCAUGACUCCUAAAUUAACCAAGUCAGGAUUCUGUCAUCUUCACAUCAAGCGUGUUCAUCAGACUUGCAAAAUACACCUGCAUUGCCACCAGGCACAAAGAUGAGGUAUGUCAGCUCGUUCCCCAAAGCAAACUCUUGCUGCUGAUCACUGACCUCGCUCUGACCUUCACAUCUGCUCUGAAGAGCAAAUGCAUUCAGUUGCUACAGCAGUAAGGUCACUCAGUACACAUUUUCUUAGUUUUAUUUCUAAGUUGGUAUUUGAAAUAGACAUUUUGAACCACUCUAUUUACGCCUGUCACUUUUAUGGACUGCAUAAAGAAUAGUGUCAUCAACCUGCUGAUAUUUAAUGUAUUUUGUGACUUUGUAACAAAUGCUAAUGCAAUUGGUAUCAUCUUAUACAAAAGCACAUUAUAUAAUAAUAAUAAUAACAUCGUAUUUUUGUACAGAAGAUUCAGCUCACUGUAUGGAAAGAUGUUCAAAUCUAAAGAGUAAUUUAUGUUAGUGGUAAUGGUUAUAUAAAUUUGUAC